GCGAAAAUGUUCCGCACUUUCAUGAAUUUAACAAACAAAUAUAAGAUCUUGCGAGGCAUGAUAUCAUAUGGAACCCUGUGGCCGUGCGGCAGCCUCAUCGAGCAGACGCUGAUCGAGAAACGGACAUACCGCACCUACGACUGGAUGAAGUGUAUGAGAUUCAGUUUGUUUGGCUUCUUCUUUAUGGGACCGACCAUAUAUGCCUGGAUAAGACUGGCCACCGUCAUGUGGCCCCGCACAGAUAUUAAGUCAUCUCUCUGCAAGGCGAUCACCGAGCAGACGGCCUACGAUCCCAUGGCCAUUAGCUCCUUUCUCUUCACCAUGACUCUGAUGGAGGGCAACACAUAUGAACAGGCCAAACAGGAGGUUAGCGAUAAGUUCCUGGAUGCCUACAAGGUCGGCAUUGUUUAUUGGCCCUGCGUGCAAACAGUUAACUUUGCCUUUGUUCCGGCCAGAAAUCAGGUAGUUUUCACCUCAUUUUUCAGCAUGUGCUGGACCACGUUCCUGGCCUACGUGAAAUUCCUGCAGCUGCAUCCACCCGUCGAUGUUGACCAUCAUGCCGUGGACAUACACUUUCUGGAGAUGUGAAGAGAUUGAAGCCCAUUUAAAAUAAACCUAAAUAAAUAUUAACUUUAAUUCCAAUUA